AUGUCUUCGUCCCACACGGAGAGAGCAGUAUCCCGAACGCACGGGAUGCAGGGCUCCACGCCGACAAAUACCGCAAGUAGCAAGCCGGGCACGCUCUCCGUGAGCGAACUCCGCACGGCGAUGCAGCAGCACCUCCGCUCCACAGGGGCUCUGCGUGAGCUCAAAACGCAGCUACGCGGCAUGGUGCUCACCGAGCUGCUACAGCAGCCCAAGAUGGGCAGGAUGCUUGUUCAUGGGACAUCGCAGUCGGUCCCACCGUCACUAGGAGAAGGGCAGAGGAAGCUGGAUGACAGUAAGGCUUCCGCUACCGGGUCACCGGGCAUUCCAGCCAUCGCCGUCGUCUCGGGCCGGGCAGACCACACCUUGCAGACCUGGUCGUGCGGCUUGGCCGACGCCCUCGUCGAGAAUCACCUGCGUCGCACGAGGCGCGCCAUGUCGCUCUCCAUAUUCAGCACCGAGGCUGAAGUACCACCUUUCAGUGCGAGCGGCGCCCCAGCGGAGGAGGAGCAGUACCUCGCCCACCUCUUCCGGCAGGUAGACGCUGGUGCCUCCGCCAACCCCGAGGACGACAUACUCACCCCCUCCCCGUCCCGCUCUAUGAAGAGUGUGUUGCAGCGACUUGUGGAGGACUACGUGACGCGGCAGGGCCUCGCGAGCACCGCGGAGGCGGCACGGCACCUGCACAGCUGCAGCACCCAGACGGAAGCGGCCGAUAGCGCCGAUAGUGCGACGAACCCUCUCAACUCACUUGAGUGCCGUCUUGCCGCCGUCGAUGCCAAGUAUGCGCUCACUUUUUCUCAACUCAAGCGGGCCGGUGGCUCGGGGGAGCAGCCUUUCUUUCUCCGUUCCGAGGUGGAACGUCGCCUGCAGCAGCACAAGAACGACAUGCAUGCGCAACUGCGAAGCGAGUACGAGCAGAAGUACAACAACUUCACUCGAGUCAAGCUGCAAGAGGCACGCGACGAGGCGGAAGGGCGGUACCGCCUCCUUGCGCAGAACAAGACAGAAGAGCUGGCCGAAAUGGAGCGCAGUCUACUCGUCAAGCUGGAGCAGGAGCGGCAGCGACUGAAGAUGGCGUGGGAGGACAUUCACCAGCAGCGCGCAGAACUGGAGAGGCGCCAGCGCGACACCAUAAAGCAGUUGGCAGACUACGACGCGGCGAAGCAGCAGAGUGACGCGGAGCUGCACUCAUGGAAGGAGAAGACACGCGCGCUGCAGCUGCAGUGUGCCAAGUGGGAAGAGCUCUGCGGGACACGGCUUAUGGAGCUGGACGGCGCUCGCAGUCGUGAGGAGCGGCGUCUGGCGGACAUCCGUCGCCUGCAGGCUGAGCACGCCGCAGAGUUGCAGCUGAAGGAGGAGGAGAUUGGCCGUCUGCGCUACCGCCUCCGUCUCGUCUCGCGCGAGAGCGACUACUCUCGCUCUGCCGCCGCCGCAGCAGAAGCAGCCUCAACGGACCGAAAUGAAAAAACGGACGCCAGCACCGUACCGCAGGCACCGCCCCGCACUUCAACUUCGCCGAUCGACCCACAGCAGCUCUACGGCCUUCUCCUCCGUACGGAGGAGAUGCACCGGAAUGCAGCGGUGCAGCAGCAACAGCAGCAGAAACGGUGGGAUGCAGCAUGGGUAGCCGCUGCUGCAGCCGCCGUAUCUCCUGCACCGGCGCCGGCGCCACAGGCAGCAGCGUAUCUGUUGCAAUCAAAUGAAGGGCAAGUCGCUCAGCGGUCACCCCACCGCUCGGAGUCUUCGGACAACCAAGUGGCAGCGGGGUCUGCCCCAGUCGCCGCGAUCAUGCCGGCCUCCACCUCAGCAGCUACUCCGGAAACUUCAUCGCCUUCCUCGCCCAAGGUAUGCUCCCCAGCGCCGGCGGGCACCGCUACAGCGGCCAAGUCUCCCCCAACCUCCACUGACAAGCCUCAGGAAAGCAGCGCCUCAUCGAAGAAAUCCAUCAACACCAGAGCCUCCGUCGCACCGCCAUCAUCCUCGGUAUCAUCUACGCAACCAACUCCUCAGAAGCCAACAAGUGUGCCGGCCGUCGGGGCCCAGGCCACCGACUCACUUACGUCGUCCAGCACGCGUACGAGCACAUCUUCAUCCAGCGUACCGUCCAGCGCCUCGGCAAAGCCGGUACAGCCUAGCGUUCAUAAUGCAGAUGAGGGUUCCAAAAACAGAAGUGCCGCCACGGCGCUCCUCAACGCCGUGGCUGAGGCGGAGCAGAGUGGCCGAGGUGAGGUGCAGUCGGAGGAAGCCAGCGCGCGUGACAGCAUCGCGUGGUUGGAAGGAAAUCGACGCGACCUACUGGCGGAGGAUUUGAAGCGUGCCCGCAGUGAUGACGGCGGCGUAGUCUCGCCCUGGAAGCACUUUGGCGGCGGAUCGUCGGGGCCCCAGUUUGGCGGCGGUGCUGCCGCUGAUGUGGACUUCACUGAGUCUUUCAGCAGCGACGACGCAGCGCUCAUUCACGACUCAGAUGAGGAUGACGCGGAGUUUUAG